AUGCGUGUAUCAUUAGUCUUUAUGUUACUUAUUGUAUCCGUCUUGGGUAAAAUCGAUCAAUCAACAGUUGAUAAAGAUAUAGCUGAUAUUGAUCAAUCUACCAAAACUUGGUUGUCGAUGAUACCCGAUUGGUAUUUCAAAAUUCUCGAUUUAAUGUGCAAAACAUCCACUUGUUGUAUCGACAAACUUGAAACAUUAGAAUUGGGUCAAGCUGAUUUUUUCAAAAUAUGUCUUGGUGUCGAUUUAAGUUCUAAAAUAACAUCCGAAAUGGAAAAACAAUGCCCAUCAUUUCGUGAAGUACAAACUUAUUACAAUAGUCAAGGCGCUGAUCGUUUCCAAAAACAUAUGAUAACAUUCGAUCGUGUACAUGGUGUUAUGAUGACAUCAAUGUCAAAUGAAACGGCUACAUUUCAACAGGAAUUAGGAAAAAUGUAUUGUACCGAAAAAGAACUUGAUCAAGAUGUAUGUGAAAUGACCAAUAGAGAAAAAUUUCAAUUACCAUGUGUUAAAACAAUCAUUCGACGUUUGGCUACAACUGAUGAUAUAAAAUAUAAAAAGUUUGUUCAAAUUAUAAAAGAUGCAAACACUAAAAUAAUUGAAGGUUUGAAAGAAAUGAAAAAUAUUCAGUAA